GUCAUGGCGGCCAUGUUGAAUUUCUUGCAACGCACCACGGAAAUGUCAGCUGGCAAUUGUAUUAUUUCUUUGUAAUUAAUAUAAUAAAGCGAUAAGUUUCGACAAAACAUUUUUUCUGUGAUAAUAAGUGAACAUAAAAAUGAACAAAUGUUGCAUUUGAGUUUUAAUUUGAAGUGAAAAUAUGACAGAAGUUAGUCAAAGGUGGCAUGCGAUUUCACCUGCAUUUCUAUGGUUUGUGACGAAAUAAAAUGUUCACAGACCUAACUAAAUACGUGUAAAUUCCUUUUUAGUUCCUUACGUUAUGAUUUUAAGAGUAUCCCAGUGAUAGUUUUUGUAUCAGAGUGAUUUUUCGUUUGACUGGUUUUUGACCUCCCGUUCUUAGCACCAGGCUCUGGCCCCGUGAUAACUACCUGAGUUCGUGAACCGCAAGAAACUUAUUCUGUUGUUACCUGUAAAGAAUUGAUAUAACAGACAAGAUGAACGGCUCUGAAUCCGGGUUCAACCCGGCAUUUAACAUUGCCACUAUCAAACAAGUGGUAAAUGAGGCUAUAGAAAGAGUUGCGCCGGUUUCAGUACGGAUGCCGACGCCGACGCGCCUUCGCGACCUUAUCAGGCAGAUUAGGGCGGCCAGGACCGCCGCCGAAGAAAGGAGCGUCGUCAACAAGGAAUGCGCUUACAUACGGUCUACCUUCAGAGAAGAGGACAGUGUUUGGAGAUGUCGAAACAUAGCGAAACUCCUGUACAUCCACAUGCUGGGUUAUCCAGCUCACUUUGGGCAGCUGGAGUGUCUCAAACUGAUCGCCAGCCCUCGGUUCACGGACAAACGAGUGGGAUACCUCGGCGCCAUGCUGCUGUUGGAUGAACGGCAAGAUGUACAUCUCCUCAUCACUAAUUGUUUGAAAAAUGACCUAAACAGCAACACCCAGUUCGUUGUUGGCCUAGCACUAUGUACCCUGGGGGCCAUAGCGUCUCCAGAAAUGGCUAGAGACCUGGCUUCAGAAGUGGAACGCCUCAUCAAGUCUCCGAACGCGUACAUUAAGAAGAAGGCGGCUCUAUGUGCCUUCCGCAUCAUCAGAAGAGUCCCUGAUCUUAUGGAGAUGUUCCUUCCUGCUACCAGAAGCUUGUUGACUGAGAAGAAUCAUGGUGUACUGAUAACUGGAGUCACGCUCAUCACGGAAAUGUGUGAGAAUAGCCCCGACACCCUCAACCACUUCAAGAAGGAGAGCGGGCAGCGCGAGAUCGUACCGAAUCUGGUGAGGAUAUUGAAAAACCUCAUUUUGGCUGGAUAUUCACCGGAGCAUGACGUCAGUGGAGUUUCAGACCCGUUCUUACAGGUUAAAAUCCUCCGCCUACUCCGGAUACUUGGCAAAAACGACGCCGAAGCGUCCGAAGCUAUGAACGACAUACUAGCCCAAGUUGCGACCAACACGGAAACCAGUAAGAACGUUGGCAACACCAUUCUCUACGAGACCGUGCUCUCCAUCAUGGACAUCAAAUCCGAGAGCAGUCUCCGAGUCCUCGCCAUCAACAUCCUCGGCAGAUUUCUACUGAAUAAUGACAAAAACAUCCGCUACGUGGCGCUCAACACGCUUUUGAGGACCGUGCACGUUGAUACGUCUGCUGUACAAAGGCAUCGGACUACUAUUUUGGAGUGUUUGAAGGACCCAGACGUAUCAAUCCGCCGGCGUGCAAUGGAGCUAUCGUUCGCGUUGAUCAACGGCCAGAACAUCCGAUCCAUGAUGAAGGAGCUGCUGACCUUCUUGGAGCGAUCUGACGCGGAGUUCAAAGCCCACUGCUCCAGCGCCAUGGUCCUAGCUGCCGAGAGAUACGCGCCAUCCAACAAAUGGCAUCUUGAUACAUUGUUCAGAGUUUUGCUUAAGGCGGGCAACUACCUCCGCGACGACACGGUGUCGAGCACGCUGCAGAUAGUGUCGUCGGCGGCGCCCGAGCGACAGGCAUACGCCGCCAUGCGGCUGUGGACCUCGCUCGAACGCUCCGCCGUCUCCGGGGACGCUACUGAGAAGCAGCCGCUUGUACAGGUGGCGGCGUGGACUAUUGGUGAAUACGGUGACCUGCUGGUGUCGGAAGCCAGUAACGCAAUCUCUAUGGUCGAUGAGGACGGCGUGGAUGACUUCGUGCGUCCGACGGAGGAGUACGUGAUAGACGUGUACCAGAAGCUGCUGUGGUCGACGCAGCUGUCCAUCAACACCAAGGAGUACCUGCUCCUGUCGCUCGCCAAGCUAUCCACGCGGUUCACCACGCAGCCUAGCCAGGAUAAAAUCCGAGUGAUCAUCGACACGUUCGGGUCUCACAUCCACAUUGAAUUGCAACAGAGAGGAGUGGAAUUAUCCCAAUUAUACAGGAAGUACGCGCACCUUCGGCCGGCGCUACUGGAGCGCAUGCCGGCCAUGGACGCGCCCGGCGGCGCCGCGCACGACGACGCCGACAACGACGCGCUCUCCGACGUCAGCCCCGACCACAAACCUGACCACGUCAAUAAUGACGCACUACUGGACCUGAUCAUCGGGUCGGACUCCCUGACGAACGGCGACGUGGAGCACAAACCCUCGCAGCCACCUGCCAGCAACAAUAACACGAGCAGCAAUGAUAUCCUAGACUUGCUGAGCGGGCUGGACCUGACGCCGACGGCGCCGGCCAGCGUGAUGAACAACAACGUAGCGUCCCCGGGGCUGACGGCCGGCCUGCCCGCGUCGCUCGCGCCCGGCCUCACCUCCGCCGCGCCGCCCGCCUCGCUACUGCUCGAUGGACUCUUCGCUGCGCCCAUGCAAACACCUACCAUGCAAGAUCUACCGACAGUGACGGCUCUGGAGAAGAACGGUCUCCGCAUAGUGUUCGGAGUGCAGCGCGGCGGGGACUCGGUCACGCUGACGAUGCGAGCUCAGUCGUCCUCGCCAUCCACUCUCACAGACUUCCUCUUCCAGGCCGCUGUACCUAGGACAUUCCAGCUAGACAUGAUGUCACCAUCCGGCACGGUAUUGCCGCCCCAGGGUGAAAUUACUCAAGUACUCAAAAUCACUAAUCCAUCCAGGAGCGCCCUUCGACUAAGAAUACGAGUAUCAUACAACGUGGACGGCGUGCCAGUGUUAGAGCAAGCAGAAGUGAACAGCUUCCCCCCGGACCUGUUCAACUGACGAGUGGCCAGCCCGCCCGGCUACUGUCUAUAGCCUGCGCUAGCCUCUAGCCACACGCUCCUAUAUACUCGUACUCGGUAGUUACAUCAUGGUCAUCGAUUGUUUGUCUAUACAUACGUAAACAGUUGACUUCUAAGUCAGGACAGACUGCAUUUCUACUGCAGUCUAUCUGCAGAUAACUGCUAGGUUUUAGUCAGUGGUUGCAACUGCAUGCUAACUUCAAUAUGGCUGUAUGGUUCGUGUGUAGUUGCACCAACUACAUUGAACUUUAGUAAAUUGGUACAUGGAGUGUAGUUGAAAUGCAGUCCAUUUGUCUUGACUUCUAGAGCCCUUCUAACACUGAUUCAGAUAAUAUACAGUAACUUAAAAGUUUAUUAUACUAAUUCUAAGCGUAUCUUUAUUAUUUACUUGUAAUCUUUUUCUUGUAAUAAUUACUACAGUUACUGUGUAUUAUAUUGAGUUGGUGUAGAAACGCAAUUACGUUCGGUUGUUAUUUUAUGCUAGCGUCGAGUAAACUCGAAUGCGGGGGUACCUAGUGUAAUACCAUAUUUAUUAUAAUGUGCAGUGUGCAGGGCCUAAACCUUUCUGCAAUCUUCAACUACUUAAUACGACUCGAUUAAUUUAAAUUUUCUUUAAAAUUCUGAGAUUAAUCUAGCUUUACAAACUGCAUUGUGAUCUGGAUAGCCGAUAAGAUCUCAUUAUAUAUUUAUUUAUUAUUUAUACUAUUUAAAUUGCACCUAUCGUGUAUAUUUUAUACUACAAUUGUUAUUGCUCAUUUUAUUCACUAACGAAAGCAAUAUUUAUAUUAGAAAUUAUGUUGAAACAAUCGAUGACCGUUUUCCAACUAAGUUUUAAAUGAUGGCGAAUCUUUGACUCGACGAAGACUGAGCACAGGCCACCUGUGUCAGACCGCUACGCCGUGGUGUCGAGAUCUGCCGCUCCUUUUAUAGCUCACCUGCAUUGAGAUUUGUGAAACAUUCCACGUGUUAGGUAGUGUUUAAAGUUAAUGCCGCAAGGACCCAAUACAUAUUGAUUGUUGAUUUAUUGUUGGGUGACCAGAGAACGCGAAUCCUUAAACCCUGAAGUCAAGUUUGUUUUCAUUCUCUCUGGCCACAUUGUCAGUAUUAUUACAAUCUCAAAGCAACUGAUAUCAGUGGUUUACUACUUACUAUUUCAUAACUAUCUACGAGAAAGGAAACAAAGAAGUUGCUUCUAAAAUAUCUAAAUUGCGAUGCAAGUAAGGAACGUCAUUACUAUUAAUUUAUAAGUCGUAAUAUGUUGAGGUAUCGAACCGUUGUGAACAUUCCCGAAUUUGAACAUUUUGCCCUUGAUCGAUAAAUUGUAUAUUGAUGUACUAGUGGACCUUUUGUGUCGUUACUGCUGUACAUAAAUUGAGAUUGUGUGUAUAAACGAUUAUAGUAAGCAACCUGUGAAUUGGAGGGCUGUAUGGAUUGUACUUAAUAAAAUAUAAAUGAAUCACUAAUAAGAUAAUUACGUGUGAUAAUCCACUGUAGUACGCAAGCGAAGUCUUGUGGGGAAGUAGUCAAUGUUUUAAAAUACACUGGCGAGCCUAAACAUCUAGUCACUCUCGCAAGCCAUGGUAUGAAGUUUAGAAAAGAUUCCUGUAUGUAUAAAUUGUUUUAGAACUCGAUUAUUUAUAAAUAGCGCGUGCCUUGAUUUUUCGCUCGUCACUGUAUUUUGAACCAUAAUUUAAUUUUCAGAUAGUCUGUGUUUGAUGUCUCUAGUUCGGACGUAGACCAGCAUUUUGUUAAGAAUACUGCAGCGUAGUUGCUGCGUGCAACCUGUGAGCCGCUUCACAUGCUAAACAGUCGGUUGAUAGUACUGUUCCUUGUUAAGAGUUUUAUACUUUGCGACGAUGUAAAUAUGAUUGAUACAUCUCAUCAAACACGUAGUUACGCAAUUAUGGAUUAUUAUAAGAUUUUUACACGCGUCACGGCAGUCGCCGGACAUUUUAACAUUUAGACAUUAGUUAUUAUUAUGUUUAUUUUCAUCCUAUUUAUGUUUAGGUUAUCGACUAACCAGCAUAUUCUAAUGAAAUAUCGUAGGAGUAUGUAAAUCUAGAUAUAAUUUGAAAGUCACUGGAAAUAUAGAAGACGCACGUGCUCUUAUAGUUCUUAUAUUCUCUUGUGUUCACGGGACUAUCGUGAACGCAUAUAUUUUAUUUUUGAUUAUGUAAAGAGAGCUUGGCAAAAGAAUAUAUCGUCAAUUUGGUGCUUCGUUUUACUAUAUCUGAUAAAUAGAAGGCCCUCCACAAUGUGAGAUGUUUAUGAUUUUGUGUAUAACUAAAGCUAUGUGAAAGAUGUACAUAAUGAUUAUAAUGAUUUUAUGUAAAUUGGUUAAUAAAUAUUUGAGAAUGUUUAUAUAAUCAAA